UCUAAAUAUAGAAGAGGUCGAAGGUCAUUUUAUCACAAAUUACGUUUCACCAUGAAAAUAUUUGUACAAAUAACACUACAAAUUGCAACUGAAGAAUCACCCUCGAAUUAUCGUGUGGAAUUUUUUUCCCACUGGCUAUCCCCUAAUAUUAUGUAUUUUCUCAAUGACUUGGAGAGGGAGAGAAGAAAGAGGAUGACGAACGGAGAGAGUGAGGGGAAAGGAGAAAAAAGAUAUUAGUGUCUGGGGCUACACUGAUAUGAUGUACAAAGAGGACAUGAUGAGAUUGAGGAUAAUCAGCCGAUGGGAUAAUUUAAACUAACACGAGUAAGCUGGGGAUACACAUUGACGUUUAUUAAACUUUGAGAUAGUCGAGCUGUUAACGUACACUCGACCGGGUCAUCAAACAGACCCGUGACUUUUCUGAUUACUUCAGUCGACAUCACUAUUCCCAGCGGUCUCAACAAUGUUGCCUCCAGAUGGGAUUAUGAGGACAUUAAAAAUAUCAUGGAUAUUAUUGCUGAUGGCUGGGACAGGGGAUGCGAGUGAUUUAUUCGAGAAUGGAAAGAGGUACACGUACUCUUACUUCACGGAAGUGAAUUCCGGCUCGUUGCUGCCAUCGAGAGCGGCUUCCACCUGGGGAUUGAAAGGAAUUCUCGACGUGGAGACGACGGAUACAGCUGCAGUUGUCCAGCUGCACUCGGUGGAGACGUUCCUCCGCAAUGGCCUGGACAAUCGAGAAGAAUCCAGGUUCACGAGGAAAAACAUUGCAGACCUGGAGAGGCCUUUUCGAUUGAUCUACAAAGACGGAUUGAUCGCCAAUUUUAGUGCGUCAACUGAAGCUGUCUGGGCGAUCAAUAUCCAGAGAAGUAUUGCUGGUGUUCUCCAGCUUGAUUUAGUUACUCUCGACAAAGAAGUGGCUUUCCAUUCUCUGGAGAAUAAUCACUACGGGAAAUGUAAUAUCGAAUAUGUGGUGGCUCCGGAUGGUGAUAAUGAGAUGGUUAUAAGGAAAUUUUUCGAUCCUCGCACGUGUCAAGGCCAUCCACACAGAACUUGGACCAAUGUACCGAGAUUAGAGUGUCCAAAUAGAGAUGAGAAUCCAGUGAUAAAAUCCAGUGAACGACUGUACAAAGUUGUGACACAGCAGAACACCACGAAAAUCACCCUGAUCAAUGCAACGGGAGAAAUCUAUAUCCAACCAUUUCGAAGCCUCGGCGAGGCUCAAUUCCUAUCAACAAGACAGAUAAUCGAGUUGACGGGAGUAACGGACUCACGCCACACGGUGUACACUGAAAAAUUUACUGAAGUAUAUCUCCAGCAUGAACUGGCCGAGAAUGAUUUAUCUCAGGGGCGAGGGGUUCCCUCGAAAGAUAAAAUAUUCAAAUGGAUAUCGACUCUCCUAGACCGUCUGAGUCAGCGAUUAGAGAAUCCAGGUCUAGAUACCGAUAUAGAUCAUCUUCACAACAAUACGAUAUCGAUUUUACUGUACUACCUGGGGCAAUUGGAUAGGUCCGACCUGCAGGCGGCAUACAGGAACAUCUCGGGUACGAGCUACAAAGAGGAGACAAUCCGCAAUAUGUUCCUGGAGACACUUCCCCAGAUAGGAACGAAGGAGUCAGCGUUGUUUAUCCUGGAGCUCAUCCAGAAGAACAAAGUCUCAGACAUAACAGCGAUGCAAUUAUUAACACAACUGCCCUUUCAUAUUAGAAAGCCAGAUGUUCAGCUGCUGGUGGGUCUCCAGCCUCUGAUUAAUCUCGCAAGCAAGACAUCGCCGGAGGUGAGUAACACGGGAAUUCUGACGUUUGGAACUCUCAUCUACAGGACUUGCCUGGUGUACUGUCCCUACGAGAUGCUCGACGACUACGUUCGCCUGUAUCUCGACAAGUUCACUGAGAGCAACGUCUACGAGAAGAAAAUGAUUUGGCUGGAGGGUCUAUCGAAUAUUCAGCUGGGAAAAGUAGUCGAGUUCCUGGAACCAAUUGCCAGUGGAAACAGCGUGGACUCGAGGCACCUGCGGGUACUAGCAGCCUGGGCAUCACUACCAACAGCUCCACUCAGGCCUGACGUUAUUUACCCCGUCUACUGGCCCAUCCUGGUGAACAGGACUGAGCACCUGGAGAUGAGAAUAGCUGCCCUGACUCUCCUGAUUGUUUCAAAUCCCUCAGCCAAUCGAAUUAUCUCUCUCUACUGGUACAUCCAGAGUGAACCCAACGUUCAUCUCUACAAUUACUUCUACACGAGUCUCAAGUCCAUGGAGAGUACGACAUUUCCCUGCUACAGGCACAUUCGAGCAAUCGCUGGCCAGUUCACGAGAAUUCUCAGGAAACCAGACAAAAGUAAUCCUGUUGUCACUGGUCAUUAUCUCUUUGAUUAUCAGGACACGAAGAGGAACUUUGGGGCUAUGGUACAGAGUAUCAUCAUCGCGAGCCCUUUCUCGAAUAUUCCGGAAGUCGCUUAUUUCACGUUGAACUCCCACGGCAGUGGAACGACAUUCAACGAUUUUUCGUUGUACGUCAAGGCCACAGGGCUGAUGCAGUCCCUGUCGAGGUACCUGGAGAGCCCGACGAGGAUCAAGGAUAUCCUCAAGGAAUUUAAAUUCAAUAAAAAGCAGAGAGAGCACAUACAUCUCGAGCUGAUCGUCAGAGUCCAGCAGAAGGCUGUCCUCUGUCUUCAUUUCAAUGAAAGCAACAUUGCUAAUGCUGUUUCUUAUUUAUCUGCACUCCCAGAUAAUACCUAUCACAUCUAUAAGAAUAUGGAGUUCCACGUGAAUCAGCAGAGGAUCAAUGUCCCUCUGACUAUCGAAUCAGUUCAGGCCAGCGACCUGGGGACAACUGUUCGAAUGGCAGCCACUGCCACCUCCCUUUUCUCGAUGAGGGGUAAUUUCACUCACUUCCCCGGGGGCAGAAGUAAUCACGUAAUUUUUCGAACUGCUAUUCAUGGGACGCAGACUGUGGAGACUUACAAUCCAAUAAUCGAUGUGUGGCACGCAGCAGAACGUGCGUUAUCCAUUCACGGGUAUCUCCCAGCGAAUGUCACUGUUGGACUCACUGAUAAAUUAUUUUUAUCUUACAAUACACCAGCGGAGUACCUCAGGACUGGUGUGACAAUUCACACGAGAACAGCCACGACGAUCAGGGGAAUGGAGGCAAAGCGGAAGAUGUCUGAAAUCUGUUCGAAAUGCUCUCUUCGGCACACCGUGAGAAAAGGAGGUGAUAUGCUGCAGGACAAAGUCGUCUUCGAGACUAUAGUCCCCGAAUUAGGUGGGAGACUGCAGUUCAAGGUUUUUGAUUGUGAGAAGCAAGUGAGCUCCAGCGAUUUACUGAGUGACAUUCUCUCCCAUCACCACAGCAAUCACCACUCAUUGACAGCAGCCAGAAUUCCCCUGAUGGGGAUUCACCUGCUGGAUUAUCUGACGUACGUUUCACCGAGUGGCAGCUGUGGCUUGUCAUUCUACAUCGAGCCAGUCAAUAUUCAGCCCUCCGAGGUGAGACUGGAGGCAUUGAAAAAUGGAAAUCGAUACAUGUUAUCGUUGACGAGGAGUGAGCUCGAGUCCAGGGAGAUCCUUCAGCAGUGGACCGUGGCAGGUCUCUAUGAAUCCAUCAGUUGGCUGUCUGAUACUGUCAAGAUCAAGGCCAGCAAGACUGUGAGCAGUGACAGGGUAUUCAAGUUCUGUGUGAAAAUUGACAGGCUCAUCCCCUGGAGCUGGGACUUGCUGAGCACAAAACACUCGGAGCCAGCGUCUCUGGAUAUCCAGAUGGUAUGGGGUUACGCGGAUUCUGCCCAGGGCAAGUGCACGGGAUCGAGUUUAUCGAUGAAUCUCGCGGCUGAGGUCAGCGAGGAACAGAUUGAGGAGAGUAAAGAGGAUGUCUGGCCUUACAAACAGUGCAGACAGCAGUCGUAUGAGAAAAAUAUUGUCCCCUACACUCCAGCUUGUUACGAGGCCUCCAGAGAACUCUCCACCCUCAGGAGAUACCAGAUUUUCGUCUCCUAUGAAAAUUUGCCGGAUGAGAUGAUGGGGCUACUCAGGAGGAUGAGGGCACUCUAUGACGUCAUCGGGGGAAACAGUAGCUAUGUCAGGAGUGACAAUCAAUUUGUCAUCGUAGCGACUUUUCCCAAGGACCCCACGGAGGCUACGAUGAGUGUUAACAGAAAUCAAGUUCCUAUUCAAUAUGACAGAGACCUGGUGGACUCGAUCCUCGCCAGGACGAGGCUUCAUCGGUACAUCGAUAAUAUUGUUCGUCGAGCUCUCUUCAGUUUCUGCAGUGUCACGCGGGAGAGCAUUAUAUCUACUAGAAAUGCCACGAAAUCCACAGAAAACGACAGGGAGUAUCUCGCUUUGGGCCACUGCAAUGAUCGAAACCCUGGAUUCGCUCUGACAGUGAAAAUUCAGGAAGCAGGACUGUUUCUGAUGAUUUACGAUGCACUCGACAAUGUCACGAUUAUUCCAGAAGGGGAUGGAGUGGUGAUAUCCAAUUACGAAAAGAAGGUCAUGAUCAGUAGGAAUUUCGAGUGGACUGGAUUGAAUUCUAAGAGGUUCAGAAUGGACAGGCAGUCGGUUCAUGUAUUCCUAAGCAAUAUUCUCACGUUUGUUCACUACACGCAGGAUCAGAUACUCCUCUUCUUCCCUAAUUAUAUUCAAGAAUUUGCGUGUGGCGUUUGUACUGCCAGCAGUUUUGACGACGACGGGAUGUACGAGAGGCUCUGAUAGUUUUAUGUAUCGAAUUAUGUUAUUUAUAGGUGUAGGUGAGAGAAAAUGUUCGUCUACAGGAAUAAAGAUCGUUUUUUUAAAUAAGGAGUCACAUAACAAUCACGCUUUGGGUGACUCAGAAGUUCAGGAGUGAAGACAAUAAUAAUAGUGAUAACAAUAACUUACAAAAAGUACGAGGAACACGAUUUUCUAAUGA